AGGUAAUUGAAAUCAACCCUAAGCUCCUUUUAUCUUCGCUCUAAAGGUAGCCCCGAUUAUUGCUGACUUAAGCAUCGGAGUGUCUACCCCAAGUUCCACCUUGGGGCUUUGCAAGUCAAUCCGGAGUGCAAACGCGGACUGAAGAAAGAGUUCUGGUUUGGUGCAAUUACAUUUGGCGCCAUAUGUGGGAAACCGAACUGAAAGUUCCCUUGUUGCUCUUAUCAUGGUUAAUACUCAAUCAGUCUGAGCUAGAAACUCAUCUCAGCCUCUUGGACGAGGUCAGGUCCCCAACAACCUUCCACCUCACCUCCCACCUCCGAUCCCAAAUAUGUUCCCUCUUGCUGAUCAUGCAGAAGGAGGAGAUGAAAAUCAACCACACAACUCAGCCCAUAACUCAGCUUCCACCGCCAAUCAGGACGUAGUUGCAGCUCAGCUUGCUGCCAUGCAACAACAGUUUGGUGUUUUUCAGCUAGGCCAAUCCCAUAUAGCACCAGCUCAGCAACCCCUUCUUGAUGAUGUCACUCGACGUCUAAACAGCUUAGAAAAGCUAGUAGCUGAACAGAGAGGUGCCCCACCUCCACACCAUGCUAUUGACUCCAUACCCCACCCUUUGAAUACCAACAUCACACUGGAACCCUACCCUGCUGGCUUCAAGAUACCCCAGCUUGAGACUUAUGAUGGGACGAAGGAUCCCAAUGAUCACCUACAUGCUUUUUACUCUUGUAUGCAAGCUCAGAACGCCUCUAACACGUUGAUGUGCAAAAUCUUUCCCUUUACUCUUCGAGCCGUGGUCUCAGGUCUUAACCAUGAGAGAUUCAGAGAUAGUUUGAUCAAACACCCUGCCACCACCUUUAGCGAGGUGAAUGAUAGGUCUCUGAAAUUUAUAAUUGCUGAGGAAUAUGCACUGUCACAAAACCCAACUCCCUCUAAGAACCAAAACCCAGACUGGAGAGAUGAGAAUCCGAGCAGGAAAUGGAUGAAGACUGCACAGAACCGAGGUCCGAUGCCGACCUCCACACCGAGAUUCGGAAGGCCGAACUCAACACCCCCACAACAGUCUGCAAGGACCACAGCCUCAAGGAAACUGCAAUCCACCGAACAGACAAGGAGUGGGACAUCAACAAGCCCCCCUUCCACUUCCACCACCAGCCAGAAUUAUACACAUGAUUACAGGAGGAUUGGAAGCAGGAGGGAUGAGCUCCAAACAAAGGAAGUUAUAUGUCAGAGAGGGGUGAUAACACCUCACAAUGAUCUUUGGGUCAUCUCUGUAAUGAUCAACAAUUGUCAAGUCCAGCAUGUACUUAUUGACAUUGGCAGUGCACCUGAUAUCAUGUACUACCACUAUUUUGAGAGCCUAGGGCUCGACCCAACUCUGUUACAACGAUAUGAUGGUCCCAUAUAUGGCUUCAAUAACCAACCAGUUCCAGUUGAAGGGAUCCUAACUAUGAAUGUUGCGUUUGGAAGUGGCCGAACCUAUGUGACUCCCUCAGUUCGGUUUCUGAUGGUCAAGAUGCCUUCUUCUUUCAAUGUUGUCAUUAGCCGACCCACGUUAACAGAGAUCCGAGCUAUGGUCUCUCAAUCUCAUCUCUGCAUGAAACUUCCAACCUCCAUGGGCAUAGCAACACUCAGAGGCAAUCAGGAAGAUGAAGCCCGAGCUGCUCCGGGUGAAGAUGUUGAGGAAGUACAGAUUGAUGACAGAGAUCCGAACAGGAAAACACAGAUAGGAACUCAAUUCAGUCCUGAGGAGAGAGCAGAGCUAAUAACCUUUCUCCGAGCUAACAAAGAUGUUUUUGCAUGGACCUCAGCAGACAUGCCAAGAAUUCCCACCUCAGUAUCUCAACACAAACUCAACACUAAUCCACUCAAGAAACCAGUGGCCCAGAAGCAACACCUCUUCGGGUGGGAGAGGUUAAAGGUCAUCAAAGAAAAAGUUGAAAAACUCUUACAAGCUGGCUUUGUUAGACGGGUCAAUUACUGUGAAUGGGUCGCCAAUCCUGUAUUGGUGAAAAAAGCAAAUGGCAAAUGGCGGAUGUGCAUCGAUUACACUAACCUCAACCAGGCAUAUCCAAAAGACUAUGAAGAGAAAACAUCGUUCUAUGCCGGAGAUGAAAUCUAUUGCUACGUGAUGAUGCCCUUCGACCUAAAGAACGCAGGUGCCACUUACCAGAAGAUGGUUACCAUCGUAUUUCGAGCUCAAAUAAGUCGGAAUCUGGAAGUUUAUGUUGAUGAUAUAGUGGUGAAGAGUUUGAAAGCUAAAGAUCACCUAGCUGACCUCGAGGAGACAUUCAACAAUCUCAAAAAGAACAUAAUGAGGUUGAAUCCAGCAAAGUGCAUCUUCGGUGUGGAGUCGGGAAAAUUUCUAGGCUUCAUGGUGUCCAGAAAGGGGAUUGAGGUUAACCCCGAGAAGAUCAAAGCAGUAGCCGAGAUGGAACCACCGAAAUCAGUAAAAGAUGUACAGCGGUUGACAGGGAGAGUGGCAGCUCUUCAUAGAUUCAUCUCGAAAUCAGUAGAUAAAUGCCUGUCGUUCUUUAAGAUCAUGAGAUUGGCAGCCCAGAAGGAUGAAUCUGGCAAACAAAAGAACUCACCUCCUUUGCUGACAAAGGUUGAUGAUGGAGAAAUCCUUUACUUGUACCUCGGCAUAUUAGAUGAAGCUAUCAGUUCUAUGCUAAGGUUAGCAAUCCGAGCUCAGGCUCUUGCAGAUUUCAUAGUAGAAUGCACUUCGGCACACUUUGAUUCCCAUCCCAUGCUGGACAGUUGGAUUCUAUAUGUUGAUGGAGCAUCAAGUAACAAAGAUUCUGGCGCUGGCGCAAUCCUACUUGGCCGAGAUGGUGAUUCACAACUAGUAGUCAAUCAAGUCAACUCAGUCUGUGAAGUGGUUGAUCCUGUCAUGACGAAGUAUGCAACUAUGGUGGCCGAGCUAAAGUCCAAAUUCCAAAAAUUCCAUUUGAGCAAAACACCCCGAGCUGAAAAUGAGCAAGUAGAUUCCCUCUCCAAAUUUGCUUCUGAUGGCAACCAAAGCUCCAAAUCGAUCUUCAUUGAAGUUCUAGACGAGCCUAGCUUCUUAAAGCCAAAAAUGAUGGAGAUCAGCACAGAUCCCAGCACACCAAGCUGGACAGAUCCAAUUAUCUCAUUCUUACGAGAUGGCACAGUGCCUGCAAAUAAACAGGAAGAAAUGAGGUUGAGGAAGAAAGCAUCUCGGUACACCUUUGUUAAUGACGUCCUCCACAAGAGAUCUUUCUCACUCUCUCUACUCCGCUGUUUGAACCCUUAUGAGGCUAAAUACGCACUUUGGGAGGUGCAUGAAGGUGUCUGCGGAAGUCACAUAGGUGCUCGAACUUUGGCUCAUAAAGUCCUUAGACAAGGAUCUUAUUGGCCCAACAUGUAUAAAGAUGCAACUCAGUUCGUACAGAGGUGUCAGAAAUGUCAGUUCUUCGCACACCUAAUCCACCAGCCAGUAGAAGAGCUCACUAAUCUGGUAGCACCUUGGCCAUUUGCUCAGUGGGGACUAGAUCUUUUAGGCCCAUUCAUGAAGGGGGUCGGAGGUGUAACCCAUCUGAUUGUUGGUGUGGAUUAUUUUACGAAAUGGGUUGAAGUUCAACCAUUAUCUAGUCUUACCUCCAAGAAGGUCAAAGACUUUGUUUUCAGCUCAAUCAUUUGCAGAUAUGGGAUCCCAAAUCAAAUUGUGGCUGAUAAUGGAACUCAGUUCAAUUGCUCCUCAUUCAGAGAUUUAUGCUCCAACUAUGGAAUCAGACUACAGUUCACCUCGGUGUACCACCCAGAAUUUAAUGGGAUGGUAAAAUUCGUCAACAAGGUUAUACUUGAGGGGAUAAAACCAAGAUUAGAGCUGCAUAAGGCCAGGUGGGCAGACGAGCUCAACAACGUCCUCUGGGCAUACAAAACCAUGAGCCGAAGGUAUUACUUCAAACCUGGUUUACUUGGUGAAACACCCUAUCACCUGGCCUUUGGUAUCGAAGCAGUCAUUCUUAUCGAGAUAGGAGUCCCAAGCUUCAGGGUCACCCAUUUCGAUGAAGGACGAAAUGGACAACUGCUUCGAGAGAACCUUGAUCUGCUUGACGAAGUCAGAGAGGAAGCACAACUUCGAACUCUAGUUUAUAAGCAGAAAAUAGCAAACUUCUACAAUAAACGAGUUCGACCCCAAACAUUCAAAGUAGGAGACCUUGUUCUCAGGAAAGUUGGUAUAACGGGUUCGAAACUCGAUUCGGAAAGUUAGAACCUAACUAGGAAGGCCCUUACACUAUAGCUGAAGUGCUGCACCUAGGUGCUUAUAUCCUACGAGACACUGAAGGCAAAAAGGUUCCUAGAGUCUGGAAUGUCAAUAACUUGAAGAAAUUUUACCCUUACUU